UGCUUUAAAUAUACAAAUAAUUUAUAUAAUGAGCUACCCAGCUGGAAUAGAGGAUAACGGCUCCUCCUCGAACAAGCUAGAGUCCGAGACACCUAAACUGGAGCUGCUGCCCCCGUCGUUGGCGUCAUCUCAGCCGGCCAUCUGGGGGAGGUCUGUCGGCUUUCGCAACAACGGAGUCGCUCCCGCCAAGAAGCAGAAGGUCGUCGCAUACCAGCAGCAGGAGGAGGAAUUCCAGCCGGAGGAAUACGAAGACAUCGAAGAAGCGGUCAGCUUGUCGUCGCCCGACACGGGGGAAGACUGCGAUGCCUUCGGCAGGAAUGUGGCUGCCCAGCUGAAACUGAUGAAUCACAUGCAGAAAUGCCUGGCCCAGAGACUUAUGGGCGAGAUCUUAUUCCGUGGACAGAUGCAGAUUCUGCAAAUGAAUACUACGCUUGCUACGCAGGCUCUGACUUACCAUCAACCGCAACAGCAGCAGCAGCCUCCUCAACAUGGAACUUUUUAUCCUCCUCGCAAUGCUACGCCAGGGUUCAAUCGAGAUUUGAUCCAUCAGCAAGUUACAAGAUCACAAUCACAACAGCAAUAGCCGAGAACAGGACUCCAGCAAAGUCAUUAAAUUAAAAGCAAAACUGGAACCCC